UUGACCUCUUAUCGGAGGAGACUAUAAAACAGAAGUGGACUGGUCAGCUUGCCAGGCCGUUUCGUUUUCCCCUUUGACUCCACAGCCUAUUUUUUUAGUAGUCUUUCUAACCUACACGCACUGCUUCUUGCAAUACCUCCUCUCCAGCCCUAGUAUUUUUUUUAUUGGCAUGCCUUAUUCUGUCCAGUCUGCUGUCGCAUCUUCCUCACCCGCAGACUACCGAUAGAACCCAGUUUUCCGUAUAUCAGCCCAAGCUUAUUAUUUUCAGAAAUGCUUAUAAGGCAACUCCUUGCGCAGAUCCAGCGGCUGGGUGUGACGCCGAUUGUGCUGGUGGCCGAUGAGGACGCGGACGGGUACCGGGACGUGAUCAAACGGGUGCAUCGGCUGGCGGAUGCGAUUGAGCGGGAGGCGGGGCGUGCACGGCCGCUGAACGAAGGCGUGUUUUACUCGAACCCAUACACGGACUCGCAGCUGUCGGUGGACCCGGAGCUGAUCGGCUCGGCAAUUGCGCAGAACCAGAUCCCGUUGAUCUCGCCGCUGGUGGCCGACGCCAAGCUCCAGCUACAGGUCCUAGGCAUCUCCAGUGCGGCGCCGGCCCUGGCCCGAGCCCUGGCAUCAUCGACGUCGGCGCAUUCCCCGAUGGCCGGCACGCGUGGUGAUUUCUCGCUGCUGCUGGCGCGGCUGAUAUUCCUGGGCAGACACGACGGUGUGGACGCCAGAGGGUUCCAGCGGUUCGUCAAUCUGGAAGCUGACUACGAGAAAGUCUACAGCGAGUGCCUGCAGAAAGACACUUUGGCGCUGAUGCGCCAGUGCCUGGGGAUCUUCCCGCCGACAGCCGCUGGCAUUGUCGCGUCGGUGUACUCGGAUCCAGCAUUGGUCAUGAAGGGCUUGAUUUCCGAGAAGCCCGUCAGCGCACAGCACCGCAAUGCCGCACGAAAGGUGAAGCUGACCGAGAGGAAAAUGUCGGGCACGCCGCUGUAUACGCCGCUGGCCAAUUACCCGUUUGUCAAGAUCGGCGAGGACCGUCCAGCGCCGGCAGCGGCUGCACCCAAGCGGCCAACGCAGUUUACUUUGCUGCGCCACGGCUUCCAAAUCCAAAGCCACACCGACCUCUCCACAUGUGAUCUUCCGCGGCUCCGCCAGCUGCUGGAGGAUUCGUUCAAGCGCACACUCAAUGCCAGUGCAUAUUUCUCGCGCCUGCAGGAGCUCUCGCAGCAUGGCGGGAUCCGCAUUAUUGUGGCGGGCAACUACCAGGGCGCCGUAAUAGUCACCAAGGAACCAUUAGGGAACGGCAGGUAUUUGGCGUACCUGGACAAGUUUGCUGUAGCGCCGACGGUGCAGGGGACGGGCAUGGCGGAUAUUCUGUGGGCGCAGCUGCAGAGCGCCUGUCCCGAGUGCCUGUGGAGGUCGCGCAGCGAUAAUGGCGUUAAUCCGUGGUAUUUCGAUCGCGCCCACGGCCAUUUCCGCGCGCCUGUGCCCGACUCGGGCACCAGGUGGGUGUUUUUCUGGUACCAGCAGGAGACGCCGGCUAUGGCCCCCGAGGAGAUCCAGGCGGGCAUUGAGGUGGCCGGUCGCAUUCCAGCGAGCUUUGAAUGAUCAAGCCAGCCAAUCAGUGGUCUACCAGAUGAAUAGGCUGGUCUAUUUUAGGCGCUCUUUUGUUCACAUUAAUGAGAAGUAUGCUGGAGCAUCGCCUCUAUUUUUU